AUGGGGCCCUUAUUCUUCUUGUCCCUUCGGAAGAUCAGUAUAUUUGGAUUCCGAAUAGAUGGCGACCCACACCAGCUGAAUUUCCUCAUCGACGAGAACGAGACCAUGGGGAAAGACGGUUCGAAAUCACACGGACCAGAUGCCGUCAUUUCAAUGAUAGACUGGGCCCUUCAAAACUACGGCGGCCAAUCAACGUCUUGCUCCAUCCACGCCGAUAAUUGUCCAGGUCAGAAUAAGAAUAAGUAUCUCGUGGGCUACCUCAUGUGGAGAGUCAUGACCGGACAGCACAGUACCAUUGAGUAUCUUAUGCAAAUACCAGGUUCGUCUUUCUAA